AUGUCAGCUGAAAAGGAAGAAGGUCUUGCUCGAUUAAUUCUUAAUUUUGCGGCAAACACUAGAAAGGUAUCCAAACAAAAAAGAACUAAGGGCUAUCUUGUGGCCAGAAGGAAUCUACUGGCUGAUUAUUGGAAGCGCUACAAUGACUUCCGUGAUGACAUUUCUGCAGCAGACGUUAUUGAAGGCGAAGAGGGCAAGGUUAAGACGACAUUAAGUGAAGCUCGUUUGGAAGCAAUAGAAUUGGCGUACAGCGAAGCACUAGGUGAAAUACAUGAUGAAAUCAAAGAAUUUGACAAUCAUCGUAGUGAAAAUCAUCCAGCAACCAUACUCAGUCAUACAUGCGGCGGUACUACAAAUACAUCAGCGUCAAAGCUUCCGAAGAUUAUUCUGCCAAAAUUCGAUGGCUCGUUUCAAAAAUGGUUAAGUUUUAAAGAUAUAUUUACAACAUGCGUUAUUAAUGAAGCUUGUUUGUCUGAUGUACAACGCCUGCAUUACUUGAAAGGCAGUUUACUAGGUGAAGCCGAAACUCUUCUUCGCAGUAUUAGUAUCCAGGAAAACAAUUUUGCUAUAGCCUGGGAUAUGCUUCAACAACGUUAUGACAAUAAGCGACGCCUUGUCAAGUCUUAUCUGCGCAAUAUCACGAAACUUCCGGCGAUGACCAAUGAGUCAGAUAACGCCAUGCGAAAACUUUUGGAUACUACCUCAGAAUCCGUUAAUUACGCAAACGUCAAGCUGUGA